CUGACCCGGUCCUCUCCUGCACGCAGCAUUGGAAAAAACCUUUUGCAGGCUAGGGGAUAUAUUUUAUAGAAAUCAAAAUGUAUGGUUUUGUGGUUCUCGUCAUAUCGUCUUUGCUGGUGGGAUUUGCCAAAUGCCAGUGUCCUAGCCCAUGGGAGUUUAACCCCCUGUACCCAGGUUACUGCUAUUAUUACAACUUCUUUCCAGUGAGUUGGAGUUUCGCUGACCAAAUCUGUCAGUUUCUGGAAGGAGGCGAUCUGGUGUCCAUUGAUGACAGCCAGGAAGGAAUGGCGAUAUAUGAAUACUGGGGAACGAUAACGACUAAUCCAUCUCUGGGUUACUGGAUCGGAUUGACGGAUAUCCAUGGAACCGGCUUGGGAAGAACCAAAUGGACCGACUGGACGAGCAUCAAAGGGAGGACAAACUGGCAAGGAGGUGCAUGGCCAAACGAUACCAAUGCAAACUGUGCCUAUGUCACCAAUGAGGGCGCUAGUGAUGACGAACGCCGACAAUGGAAAGCGGCAUCGUGCGAAAGUGUUCUGAAACCGGCAAUUUGUGAAAGAAAAUUGGUUAUAAAUUAGAUGAUAAUAAUAAUAACAAUAAUAAUACAUUAAAUUUGUAUAGCGUACUUUCAAUAUUGAUUAGAUGCUCAGGGCGCUUCAGAGCAGAACAACAACAAAAGCUAUACACAUGUCUGAACAAUAUUAAAGUCAAUGUCUAUCAAAAAGCACUCUUAAAACAGGGAUGAUUUCAGGUUGCCCUUGAAGGUGGUCACUGAAGUAUGAGUUUUCAAACUCUGUGGAAGUGAAUUCCAAUGAUUCCAUGAUUUCUUAGCAACUGGAAUUUGUAAGAGAUUAUAUGAUGAGGAUCGUAAGGUUCUUGAGCGUUGGUAAUUGCGCAUCAAAUAUAAUGUAGCUAUGCGGAUUACCUUUUCUUUUUAUUGGUUUUGAAAUGAAAAACCUAAUCAUUUAAUUUCGAUGUGUUUGUUGUAGCUUGCAGGGGGGAUUGCGUACAGGUGCCAAUGCUCUUGAAAUAAAAAUCAUUUAAACGUACAAUGAGAAGGGGGGGGGGGGGGUCUGGGUUAAUUAUGGGUCGGCUGGCCUAUGUUCGAUUUGGAAACCUUUAAAGACAAUAGAUGAACAACCUACAAACAUCUUCAAUGACAUCGUAGCCAACACUCACAAACACAAACAUGGUGUUAAAACUGACACCAACUGGUGUUAAUAGAGGACCACACCCUGAGGUGUUAAAAUAACACCAUAGAGAUUGAACAUAACACCAAAGAGUGUAAAUAUAACAACCAUAGGUGUUGUAAUAACACCUAUAGGUGUAAAACUAACACCAUCAAUUUAACACCGGUGUAAAGUAAUUGGUGUGGUCCUCUAUGUACACCGGUUAACACCACAAUUUUUGAUGUGAAUUGGAUCUGAUGAUGCGACGUGUUGUUGAUGAUUUGGUUGUUCAUUUACAGUUUAUGUUUUUUUUUUUUUUUUACCUCUUGAAAAUGCAUCUUAUCACUUUUGAUGUAUGCUUCGUGGUAAAUAUUAUCUGCAAAAGAGUCUUGGGUACACGUAAUUAUGCUACGUGUAUAUGGAUAUCUUUUUCGCCAAUACACGAAAUAGUCAAACUGAUGAUAUUGUAUAUUUCAAAGUGAUUUAAUAAUCAAAUGAAGUUGACCAUGUUGACUGAAAGAUAAACAUCGAUAUGAGAUAAAGCUUAUAUAUUGUAAUUAUAUUUUUCAAAGUACACUGAAAUAAUCAAUGGACAGAAUCACACAAAAAUCGUACUGAUGUCUGAAAUUUAAAAUUACUGUAUAUGAAAUUAAAAUAAUAUAGUAGGUGAUACUGCGGGAAAUGCACUAAAGAGCUUAUAUCAUAUUUCCAAAAUUAUAGUAAAUGUGCCUUUCUAUAAGUUUCCUGGUUAAGAAAAUAUUAGUAUGAAGGCCAAUUGAGAAAUAAAGAUAAAUAAGCAAUUCGUUUCAUUGGAUUUCUUAUUCACUGUACAUGUAUUGUAACAGAUUAUUGAUUUGUGAAUAUAAUUGCAGUUACCUGCAAAAGGUCGAUGCAAAGAUAUGAAUUUGAUAUUUGUUUCCAGAUAAGGUGAAGAGUAGCAUUUCCAGGUGAGCAGUUUUCGGUGCAUCUUCGUUAUAAUUUGCAGGUACAUGUACAUAUAUUAUAACAGUUAUAUUUAGCCACGACAAUUUUACAUGAUGGUUGCAAUGUAAUAAAAUCGUAUUUAAUAUCUACGUUGUCUUUACCAUCUACUGUACACUAAAAAUAUAAAAUGAAACGAACAAUGGCUUACUAAGGUUUAAUAAGCAUUUUUACUAACCAUAUUUGAUUAAUAAUGUUUCAUGGAUCUAGAAAAAUUAUAAUAACAAGGCUUUAAUUGCGUUAAAAGUUUUCUAAUAUUUGCUUUAUUGUAAAUAUUAUCAAUAUUCUCUGAAAAAAAAUAUAUUCCUAUGCGAUUGUCACUGUCAUGAUCAUGCACGUCGUCAGACCUAAAAUGAUAUAUCAAUAUGGUUUUCUGGAUAGCUUGUAGAGAAAUAGGUUCUGUAUAUUCAAGGAAAAAUGGCAUCAAUCAUAAUUGAAUGAUCUAUAAAGAAAAUAUAACAUGUACAUCUAUCUAAACAAGUAUCUUUUUUUGUACCUCAACAUCAUUUUUCAGUUUUCAAAAUAAAUAACUCUUAUCCAUAUGAAGCAUUACGUAAAUAAAUCCCUUAAACACCUAAAAACGAUAGGUAUGAAUAAAUCCAAGGAUAAAU